CAGAAAAAAAUUAAUUGCCAUCUCUAUAUACAAGUGAAGAAUUAAUGACUAGACAAGAGUUAGAGAGGAUUAUGGGAAACAAAAUCAAUGAUUUUAAUUAUAUGAAAUUAAGGGGCUUUUGCACAAACAAAAUUAAUGCAGCCACAAUUAGAAGAAAACAGGAAAGAGGAAAAUUUUUGCAGUAAGUUUCUCUGAUAAAAGUUUCAUUUCUCAAAACAAACUAAGCCAAAUCGUUUUGUUUCUCGUAAUCCUCUCAUCUCGUUUGGUCAUAAACUUUUCCCUUAUCUAUAGAUCUGAUAGUUUUUUGUUUUGUUUUUUUCCUUAAAUUUUUUUUUGGGGGGAGGGGUCUGUACCUAUUUUGAGCUCAUCUUGGUACACCCGGGAUAUUAAAGUCCUUUUUAUCUCGAGGACUAGGGCUUUUUAUUUCCAAUAAAACACUUAAUUGCAUAUAUUAAACUUUUUUCUAUUUUAUGUUGUUGCUGACCUGUAUUCUACUAAAGAGCUAAUUUAAAAGACCGGUACAGCAUUUAGCGGCACCAACUUCCCUAAACUAGGAUUUCAAUGAGUCUAGCUCUUGCACGCUUAGACGCUCCGAAAGCCACGCCUCUCUUUUAAAAAAAAAAAAAAAAAUCCCGUCCGCUCCCCCUUCCCCCUCCAGUGUUAUUUUUAUCUCUUCUCUGCAGUCACGCUCCCUUAUGAAAAGCCGGAGGAAGCCACAAAUCAAGGAAUAACCGAGACAGGAAGCAGAAAGGGUUCUUAAACCCAGACCUAGAGGCGCUGGGCGGCCGCCACCCGCACCGACAUCCCCGGAUCUCCGGCUACAACUGGAUCUAGAAACAGCAUAGCCAUCUCAGGUGUAAACCAUGGCUGUGGAAGACAUGUCACAUCCUCGGCACUUGCGAUGGCUAAUUUUGGCAAGCUGUGGUGCUGCUAUCUUACUGAUUUCUACUCUCCUGAGGGCUUCUCUUCUCCAUGUAUCAGUCGUGAUUUCUAGAGAAUUCAAAGACAUCUCCUCAGGACAACAGGGCAUUUACAGAAUUGGCCAGGAGGCAACAGGGAAGCCCUGGGACCAGCCCCAUCAGGGGUCUCCUAGAAACCCUGCUGGAGUUCCUUUGCAGUGUGACAUCUCCCCUGAUUACCGCUUUGACUGUGCUCCAGAAAAGACCCUCACUCAGGAACAAUGUGAAGCCCGAGGCUGCUGUUAUGUCCCAGUGGCUCAGCAGGGAUUUUCUCAGAUAGGGAGGCCAUGGUGCUUCUUUCCCCCCAGUUACCCCAGCUACAAAUUGGAGAACCUUACCACCACAAGGACAGGCUAUACUGCUACCCUGACUCGCACAGUGCCUACUUUUUUCCCUAAGGACAUCUUAACCCUGCAUUUGGAGGUCCAGAUGGAGACAGAAAACCGAUUGCAUUUUACAAUCAAAGAUCCUGCCAAUCCGCGUUAUGAGGUUCCCAUGGAAACCCCUAAAGUCACUCACAGGGCUCCUACUCAGCUCUACAAUGUGGCAUUUGAGAAUAAUCCCUUUGGUUUGGUUAUAACCAGAAAGUCAAAUGGAAUGGUGAUGCUGAAUACAACUAUUGCUCCCCUGUUCUUUGCUGACCAGUUUCUCCAGAUUACUACUUCUCUUCCAUCCCAGUUUAUCACUGGCCUUGGGGAGCAUCAGACUCCUCUAAUGCUCAACACCAACUGGACCAAGAUCACCUUCUGGAACAGAGACAUGGCACCUGUGCCUGAGGCCAAUCUCUAUGGUUCCCAUCCUUUCUAUCUGUGUCUGGAAGAUAGAGGGUUGGCCCAUGGAGUCUUUCUACUAAACAGCAAUGCUAUGGAUGUAGUAUUACAGCCAAGACCUGCCCUAACCUGGAGGGCAAUAGGGGGAAUACUGGACUUCUAUGUCUUCCUGGGACCAGAACCAAAGAAUGUGGUUCAACAAUACUUGGAAGUUGUUGGAUACCCAUUCAUGCCACCUUAUUGGGGUCUGGGCUUCCAUCUGUGUCGAUGGGGCUACUCCUCUACCACUGUCACCCGAGAGGUGGUGAAGAACAUGACUGCAGCUAAUUUUCCUCUAGAUGUCCAGUGGAAUGACCUAGAUUAUAUGGAUGCCGGGAGGGACUUCACUUUCAACCAGGACAGCUUCUGGGACUUUCCAGCCAUGGUGCAGGAGUUUCAUCAGAGUGGCCGGCGGUACAUCAUGAUUGUGGAUCCAGCCAUCAGCAGCUCCGGUCUCCCUGGGAGUUACAGACCCUAUGAUGAAGGCCUGAAAAGAGGAGUGUUCAUCACUAAUGAGAAGGGGCAGCCUCUGAUUGGAAAGGUUUGGCCUGGAGAAAGUGCUUUCCCGGAUUUCACUAACCCCUAUACCCAGGACUGGUGGUAUGACAUGGUAGAGGAGUUCCACACUCAAGUACCCUUUGAUGGCAUGUGGAUUGACAUGAAUGAGCCAUCUAACUUUGUAAAAGGCUCUAUGGAAGGUUGUCCCAACAAUGAGCUAGAAGAUCCUCCCUAUGUGCCAGGUGUGAUUGGAGGGACCCUCAGGGCAGCCACCAUCUGUGCCUCCAGCCAUCAGUACUUGUCUUCCCACUACAAUCUGCACAGUCUGUAUGGACUGACUGAAGCCAUUGCCUCCCAUGAUGCUCUGAUAAAGAUUCGGGGGAAGCGUCCCUUUGUGAUAUCUCGGUCUACUUUUGCUGGCCAUGGCCAUUAUGCUGGCCACUGGACAGGAGAUGUGUUUAGCAACUGGGAACAUCUGUACUACUCUGUGCCAGCGGUGCUACUCUUUAACUUGUAUGGAGUACCUUUGGUGGGAGCAGACAUCUGUGGCUUCUUGAACAAUACCACAGAAGAACUGUGUGUGCGAUGGACCCAGCUGGGGGCCUUCUACCCCUUCAUGAGGAACCACAAUAACAAAUAUAACCAGCCUCAGGAGCCAUAUGUAUUCAGUGAAGAGGCUCAGAAAGCUAUGAGGAGAGCCUUUACCUUACGCUACAUGCUCCUGCCCUAUCUCUAUACCCUGUUCCACAAAGCCCAUUCUCGUGGAGAGACUGUGGCUCGGCCACUGUUUUUGGAGUUUCCCCUAGACCAAAACACCUGGACACUGGAUCGACAAUUCUUCUGGGGGGAAGCUCUCCUCAUUACCCCAGUACUUGAAGUUGGAAAGGUUGAAGUGAAUGGUUACUUUCCCUCAGGCACAUGGUAUCCACUUUUGGAGAUACCAAUGGAGCCUCUUAAUGACCUGUCUCCUUCAUCUUCUACUCUCAAUGACGCAGUCAUCCAUAGCAAAGGACAGUGGUUCACCCUGCCUGCACCAUUAGAUGUGAUCAACAUCCACCUCCGUGCUGGCUAUAUCCUUCCAUUGCAGGAUCCUGGACUUACCACCACAGAGUCCCGCAAUAAGCCAAUGACCUUGAUUGUGGCCUUAACUCCCAGUGGAGUGGCCCAAGGGGAGCUGUUCUGGGAUGAUGGAGAGAGCCUUGGUACAGUGGAAUGGGGCCACUAUACUCAAAUCAUGUUCCUGGCUAACAAUAAUGUCAUUCUGAAUGACCUAGUACAAGUGUCCAGUGAGAGUACCAACCUAAAAUUGAGAAAAGUGACUGUCCUGGGUGUGACUAAUGACCCCCAUCAAGUUGUCUCUAAUGGUGUCCCGGUCUUCAACUUUUCCUACAGUGCUGAUACCAAGGCAAGAGAAUUAAGAGUCCAAAUAGUAAUGAUAAAAACAACUAGUUGUAAAGGGCUUAGUUCCCAAGAAUUGAAGAAAGGCUUAUAAAUAUUCUGCUCAGCAUUCCCCAUCAGAAUAUGGAAAAAGAAUAAAAGAGAACAGAAAUCUACUCUUAGAAACCUGUACUAAGCUAGGCUGUGAAAGCUUUAAAUCUUCCUCAAAGAGGCAACAAGGAAAUUCUGUAGCACUUAUUGUACAUUGGGCAAACAUUUAACUUAUACCUUUAAUCCCUCAGGUAGGGAGUGAAGGAAAUACAGCAUUUAUAUUUCAAGGCCUAUUUUUAGUGAACUGCUUGAUAAUUUUUCUCUUGGACUCUCACAGGGGUCCUCAAACUACGGCCCGUGGGCCAGAUGUGGCAGCUGAGGACGAUUAUCUCCCUCACCCAGGGCUAUGAAGUUUCUUUAUUUAAAGGCCCACAAAACAAAGUUUUUGUUUUUACUAUAGUCCGGCCCUCCAACAGUCUGAGGGACAGUGAAGUCACCCCCGAUUUUAAAAGUUGAUCUCUCCUAGGAUAAUAGCAUUCAUGCUGUGUGGCAUUAGAAAUGGGUAGUGCCUUAUUUUCAAAGCAGUAAGAUAAUUAACUAUGACAAAUUCUUAGAGGCAUAGUAGAAUAAUGAUUUUAAAAAGCUGAGCUUGAAAUCUAGAAAAUCUGAGUGGAAAUUUCACCUCUGACACAUAAUGACUGUAUGAUCUUGGGCGAGAAAAUUCCAGGAUCAUAGAGUGGCAGGAAAAGUCCUAAUCUGCAUUGGUAGAGAAAGUUUAUUCACCAAGAGUCUCCUACUUAUGAAAUCAUAAGUCUGGGAUGUGUGUGUGUGUGAAGUCCUUAUAGGGAGAAGUGAUAUCCUUUUGAACUGAUGAAUAAACAAGGAAGUUUGGGUUCUUAUUCCAACUUACAAAUACUUAUAGGUAGGCCCCCACUAUCUUUGUCUUCAUCAAAAAAGGUCUGAAGCAAAAAGGAUCUGAGGAUUCCUUAUUUCUGAUUUUAGUUUUACUCUGUUGUUUGUUUUUUUUUUUUCUUUCAGAUCCUGGACAUCCCUGUGUCUUUGUCAGUGGGAGAACAGUUUCUCAUCAGCUGGUCUUAAUUAGAGGGACACUGUUCUAUUUAAUGCAUUACACUUUUUGAGGGAAAAGAAAGCACAAAAAGAAAUCCAUUUCUUCAACUGGUUCAGUGGAUGUUCUGACCUUGGGCGUUUGUAUUGCUGCUUAGGGUGAUAAGGCAAAUUAUUCUUUAUUUGAAGGCCAGCUUAGCUUUUUGAUGAUAACUCAGAUGUCUUUAUUUUUUAAAUUAAUGUUUUUCAUUUAAAAAACUUUUUUCUCUCCCUUUUACCUCACCUCUCUCACUGAGUUAAAAAAGAAGUAAAAAGGAAACCUUUGUAACAUAUAUUUGGUAAAGCAAAACAAAUCCCCAUGUUAGCUAUGUCCAAAGUGCCUCUCAUUUUGCAUAUGAGUAUAUUAUCCCUUUAUGUAGUAAUGUAUAACAUUCCUCAGCGUCCCUCCUCUGUGUAGUUGUUUCUCUGUCUUGUGGUAGCUUAACAUCAUGAUCUUUUUAACAGUUUGCCUUUGGGAACAAAGAAUUGCUCACCUGUAAUUAAGGACCUUACCUGGCACAAACAUCACUGGCAUAAUGUAGAGAAUUAAACAAGACAGAAUGAUCAGGAAAGGCAAUGCUCUAAGAUUAUAGGUUUCAUCUUCAGGUCUGAAGAUGCUAGAAGGUUGGCUAAAUAUGCUAAAAGGCAUAGAUAGGUUAGAUGGAUUUUUCCUAUUGUCAACUAUUUUCUAGUCUUGUAAAGAUCAUGGCAGAUAUGAAAUCUGGCCACAAUAAAGAGCCAAAUGGUGGUGGCCAAAUGAACUUUGGCUCUACCAGUUGUUUGGUGUUAUCCAGUCCAUGGAACUCAGGGAAUUCAAGCUAAUUUAUAAAAUAAUGAUCAUCAGAAACAGAGCCAAGAUGGCAGAAAAAAAAGCAGUGACUGGCCUGAGUUCUUCCCCCAAAUCCCUCUGAAUAUCUUAUUAAAAGGCCAUAAAAUAAUUCCUAAAGUGACAGAACUCACAAAAAGAAGGGAUGAAAUAAUUUUCCAGCCAAAAACAACCUGGAAGGUCUGCAGGAGAGGGCUUUCAGGUGAGAGCUGAGCACAGUCCAGUACAGGCCAUGCCAGCACCACUCCAGCCCUACCAACCAGAAGCAGGUUUUGGGAGGCACUUGAUUAGAGCAGCAGUCCACAGAUGAUAGAGAGAUUGAACAGCUGAGCAGAACGAGAUUAUGGGGAGGUCCCUUUGCUUGCAUUAGGGGCACGACUCUGUUGCUUUGUACAUCCUUAGAUCCAGAUGACAGUUCUGGUUGGCAGUCCCAGGCAAGGAAGAGCAUAAGUAUAUCAGUGUUUGCGGCUGCAGUGGAGCUGUGGACCUCAUCACAGUUAUAGUAUAGAAAAGAGUGCUUGUGUGGAUCACUCAGACCAAAGUACAGACCAGGAGAAUAGUAAAUGCAUCUCUCCUAAGAUCAUACACCUAGGAAGAACUGAAUUCCUAAGAGGUCCCUAGAAGUAUUUCUGAAAAUACCUGCACAAAACCCCUGAAGACUGAGAUAACGUGGUCUCCACAACCUGGAAAGAGCCGUAUUUUAAUAGAUUUUUAAGUUGAGACUGAAAAAAAUGAGCUAGGGAAAAAAUUCUGACCAUUGAAAGUUAUUAUGAUAACAAGAAAGAGCAAAACACACAUUCAGAAGAUAACAAAUUCAAAACUCUACCAUCCAAAGCCUCCAAGAAAAACAUGAAUGGUGAUUUUAAAAAUCAAGUAAGAGAGAGAAGAAAAAAAGGAAAGAGAAAUGAGAGUGAUCCAAGAAAAUCAUUGAAAAAAGAGUCAACAAUUUGGUAAAAAAAGAGACACAAAAAACCCGGAAGAAAAUAACUCCUUAAAAAGUAGGCAACAAUUAUUAGCUAUGUGACCCUGGACAAGUCACUUAAUCCUAAUUGCCUCACAAAUACAUACACACACACACACACACACACACACACACACACACACACAGAAUUGACCUAAUGGCAAAGGAGUUUACAAAAGCUCCCUAAAGAAAAUAAUUCGUUAAAAAUUAGAAUUGAACAAAUAGAAGCUAAUAACUUUAUGAAAAAACAAAACCAAAUCAAAAGAAUGGAAAAAAUAUAAGAUGUGAAAAUUUUUUUAGAAAAACAAUUGACCUGGAAAAGAAAUCCAGGAGAGGUAAUUUUAAAAGUAUUGAUUUACCUAAAAACCAUGAUCAAAAAAAGGAGCUAGAUAGCAUCUUUCAAGAAAUUAUCAAGAGAAACUGCCUUAACUGAAACUGAAAAGACCAGAAUUGAAUAGAAAAUAAGAUUUUAAAUACAAGACUCAAAAAGAAACAUCAAAAAGUAAUCAGGAAAGAGAAAUCAUAGAGGGCUAUUGGAAGAUGAUACUUGUAAUUCAAAAACUUUCUCACUAUUAGGGCAAUUAGGAGCAUAUGUAGAUAGAGGGCACAAGUAUAAAUAUGGAACGAUGAUAUAUUAAAAAAUAAAAUUAAAUGAGAAAGUGGAAUGUACUGGUAGGAAAAAAAGAAGUAAAAUGAAGGCAAAAAAGAAGCAAGAAAAAUUAUUUUACAUUGAAGAGGAAGAUUGGCUCAAAGAGGGAAUAAUAUUAAAUAUAGAAUUUGCCUACUUGCAUGGAAGUAGGACAGGAAGGGGAUAAGAGAAAGGGAUGUAUAUGAUAAAAGGGAGGGAAGAUUGGGGGCAGUGGUAAGAAGUAAAACUCUUGAGGAGAAACAACAUGAAAGAAAAAAGAAUGGAAUAAUAAGGGAGAGAUUAGGAUGGAGGGAAAUAUAUUUAGCAACUGUAACAAAUUUUGAGGCAAGUUUCUCUUAUAAAGACCUCACUUUUAAAAUAUGUAGAGAACUGAAUCAGAUUUAUAAAAAGCCAUUUUCCUGUUGAUAAAUGAUAAUCAAUAUUAAGUUUUUAAAUGAAGUAACCAAAGUUAUCUAUAGCCAUAUAAAAAGGUUCUCUAAAUCACUAUUGAUUGGAGGAAUGCAAAUUGAAACAAUUCUGAGAUACUACUUUAUCCCUAUUAGACUGGCUAAUAGAAAAGGAGAAUGACAAAUAUUGGAAGGGAUGUAGAAAAAAAGACAUUAGUGCACUAUUAGUGGAGUUGUGAACUGAUCCAACCAUUCUUUAGAGCAAUUUGGAAUUAUGCCCACAUGAUUAUAAAACUGUAUACCCUUUGACUUAGCAGUGCCACUCGUAGGUCUAUAUCCAAAAAGGUGAAAAACAAUAUGAAGUAUAGCUGCUCUUUUCUAGUGGCAAAGAGUUGGGAAUCGGUGAGAUGCCCAUCAGUUAGGAAUUGGCGAAUAACUUGUGCUAUAAAAAAUGAGUAGGAUACUCUCAGAAAAACCUGGAAAGACUUAAUGAACGGAUGCCCAGUAAAAUGCAGUGUGUACAAGGUAACAGCAAUAGUGUAAGACGAUCAGGUGUGAAUCACUUGAAUAUUCUCAACACAUAAUGAUUCAAGACAUCUCUGAAGGACUUAGGAUGAAAAAUGCCAUCUAUCCCCAGAGAAAGAACUUACAGAGACUGAUGCAGAUUGAAGAAUUUUUUUAACUUUAUUUUUCUUGAAGUUUUUGGAUAUAUAUAUAUAUAUGGUCUGUGUUUUCUUUCAGGACUGCACAUGUGUGGCCUGUAUCAAAUUGCUUGUCUCCUCAGUGAAGAGGGGAGAGGAGGAAGGAAGGAAGAAAAUUUGGAACUCAAAAGAUUUAAAAAUGAAUAUUAAAUUGUUUUCACAUGUAAUUGGGGAAAAAUUAAAAAACUAAAUGAAAAUUUUAAAAUAAAAUAAUUGUAAUCAGUUGUCUUGAUGUUCAAUUGUUUCUAAUAAAUGAUAAUUUGAAUUAAAUUUCUGCUGCUGCUGUCUGUUACUGAAGGAAGGGAAAUUUUAUCUUAGUGCUCUUAGGUGUUUCAAACAUACUGUACAUAAGGUAUAAUCUUAAUUGGAUCAAUCAAUCAAAAAGCAGUACAUCUUUUCAGUCAUUCAGUACAUUUGUUCAGUCAGCAAAUAGCAAAAGUACUAUACUGUCAAGCUCUUGGGAUACAAAGAUUAAAAACAAACAAACAAACAACAACAACAACAACAAAAAAAAAAAAAACAGGCAUCCCCUACCUUCAAGGAGUUUUUCAUCUACCAGGGAAAAUAUGACAUACAUAUGUACAACCAAGACUGACUCUAUCCUGGAGCAUCCUUGAUAAUUAAGACCACUAUGACAAGUUUGUUGUUUUUUUUUAAGUCACAAAGACAUUUAUAAGGGAGAAUGUCAUAGCUUAUAAAACAGAUGUCACUGUUUAAGAACAUACAUAUAAAAGCUACAAAAUGUAAAUCCCUUGACAUUUUUUACAUUAUUGCUUAAUUCAUUCCUUCUUUAAACCCCCCAAAAUGUAGAGCUUUGCCAAGUCAAAUUGGAGUAGAGCUCAGAGCAAUUUGAUUUUCAGACUGAGCAGUUUUUAUUUUAACUUAAAGGCAAUAUCACAAAAUCACAGAAUUUCAGGAUUAGAGGGGAUAUCAGCAGCCAUCUAAUUCAACUCAUAAAUGAUCAUCAACCAAACAAAUGAUCAUCUAUCUUUUUUCUUGAAGACCUCCAAGGAAGAGAAACCAAUUACUUCCUGAGGCAUCGCAUUCUGCUUUUGGAAAACUCAAAUUGUUAGGAAUGGCAAUUUGAUUUUCUCCAUGUUUAAACAAGUAAAAUAUGUUGGCUUCUGUAACUAUGGUUUGGUUUGGUUUUUAUCAAAUAUAAUAUGGGAGUGUUGUUAGUUCGUGUCCAGCCUUUCAUAAAUCCAUUUAGGAUUUUCGUGGCAAAGCAACUGGAAUGAUUUGCAUUCUCCUUCUCCAGCUCAUUUUACAGAUGAGAAAACUGAGGCAAGUAGUGACUUGUCCAGGGUCACAUAGCCAGUAAGUGUCUAAGGCCAGAUUUGAAUUCAAGAAGAUGAGUCUUCUUGAUUCCAAGUACAGUGCCUUCUCAUUAAUAUUAGACAACUUUAAAAUUUAUAAAGAUGCUCCUUGAAAUUCCUGACCUCCCAAAUCCUUAGCCAUCUCAUUACCUACACCUUUAUUUUAUCUCAACAACACACAGGGAUAGACAUACCAGAUCUCACCAUUACCUACAAGUGUUCUCUUUCCCUAAUUGAAAAUCAUGAUAUUAUCUUAUCAUCUGACCUAACAUUUCAUUUCUUGUCAAUCUAUUCUUUUUAAAAUAAAUUUUUAUUACAGAUUUUUAUUUUCAAAUCAUAUGCAUGGAUAAUUUUUCAAUAUUGAUCCUUGCGUUCCAAAUUUUUCUCUCCUUUCCCUCCAUCUCCUCCCCCAGAUGGCAAGUAAUCUAUGUUAAACAUGUUAAAGAAUAUAAUUAAAUCCAAUAUAUGUAUACAAUUUUCAUGCUGCACAAGAAAAAUCAGAACAAAAAGUAAAAAAGAAAAAAAGAAACAAAACAAAAUGCAAGCAAACAACAAAAAAAGUGAAAAUUGUAUGCUGUGAUCCAUAUUCAGUUCCCAUAGUUCUCUCUCUGGGUGCUGAUGGUUCUCUUCUAUCACAAGAUAAUUGGAGCUGUCCUCAAUCAUCUCACUUUUGAAAAGAGCCACAUUCAUCAGAAUUGAUCUUCAUAUAUUCUUGUUGCCAGAUACAAUGAUAUCCCAGUUCUGCUCAUUUCAUUUAGCAUAAGUUUAUUUAAGUCUCUCCAGGCCUCUCUGAGAUCAUCCUGCUAAUUUCUUACAGAACAACAAUAUUCCAUAUAAUUCAUAUACUAUAAUUUAUUUAGCCAUUCUCCAAUUGAUGGGCAUCCAUUCAGUUUCCAGUUUCUUGCCACUACAAAAAGGACCUGCCACAAAUAUUUUUGUACAUGUGGGUCUCUUUCCUUCCUUUAAGAGGAACACUCACAGUAAGGGUGUGGAUCAAAGGGUAUGCACAAUUUAAUAGCUUUUUGGGCAUACUUCCAAAUGCUCUCCAGAAUGAUUCAAUGAACAAUGUAUUAGUGUCCCAGUUUUCCCAUAUACCCUACAAUAUUCAUCAUUAUCUUUUCCUGUUAUUGCCAAUUUGAUAGGUGAGAAGUGGUAUCUCAGAGUUGUCUUAAUUUGCACUUUUCUGAGUAAUAAUAAUUUAGAGCACCUUUUCCUACGACUAGAAAUGGUUUCAAUUUCUUCACUGAAAAUUGUUCAUAUCCUUUGACCAUUUAUCAAUUGGAGAAUGGCUUGAAUUCUUUUAAACUUGAGUCAGUUCUCUAUGUAUUUUAGAAAUGAGGCCUCUAACAUGUGUGCUUAUAUUGUAUUUAAUUUAUACUUUAACAUACUUAACAUGCAUUGGUCAAUCUGCCAUCAGGGUGAGGGGAUGGGGAGAAGGAGGGGAAAAAUUGGAAUAAAAGGUUUGGCAAUUGUCAAUGUUGUAAAAUUACCCAUGCAUAUAACUUGUAAAUAAAAAGCUAUAUUAAAAAACAAAAUUAAAAAUUAAAAAGAGGCCAAAAAAAAAAAAAAAAAGAAAAGAAAAAAGAAAUGAGAUCUCUAUCAGAACCUUUAAACGUAAAAAUGUUUUCCCAGGUUAUUGCUUCCCUUCUAAUCUUGUCUGCAUUGGUUUUGUUUGUGCAAAAACCUUUUAACUUAAUAUAAUCAAAAUUAUCUAUUUUGUGUUCAAUAAUGUACUCCAGUUCUUCUUUGGCCACAAAUUCCUUCCUUCUUCACAGAUCUGAGAGGUAAACUAUCCUUUGUUCUUCUAAUUUGCUUAUAAUAUCACUCUAUCUAGAUCAGGAACCCAUUUUGACCUUAUCUUGGUAUAUACAGUGUUAGGUGUGCAUCAGUGCCUAGUUUCUGCCAUAUUAAUUUCCAACUUUCCCUGCAUUUUUUGUCAAAUAGCUUUUUCCAAAAGCUGAGGUGUGAUGACCACGUUUAGCACCCAGAGUAUAUUAAAAUCAGCUGAAGUCAGAAUAAGGGAAAAUACUUGAUCUUUAUUCUUUGUGGAGGUGAAGGGGAAUAACGAUACGAAGUAAGAGCAAUCGCAACAGGAAUCUGGCCAGCAGUGCUCUGCCUCUCACACUUCACCCACCAAAUUCUCUACUCAGUCUCCUAUACAACACAUCAAACUUGCACAGAGAGUGGGCAGGGCCAUUCUUUCUCCAAGCAUAUAUAAUAUUGUCCAAUUGCUAUUUAGCCUCGAGUGCUUGGGACCUCGGUGCAUCGACUCAAGAGCUUCAGCCCAUUACAUUGAGGUCUUUGGGUUUAUCAAACACUAGAUUACUGUAGUUAUUGGCUAUUUUUGUCCUGUGAACCUAACCUAUUCCACUGAUCAACUACUUUGUUUCUUAGCCAGUACCAAAUGUUUUUUAAAUUAAUUAUUUUUUUAAUUAUAGCUUUUUAUUUACAAGACAUAUGCAUGGGUAAUUUUUCAGCAUUAAGCUUUGCAAAAUCUUCUGUUCCAACUUUUCCCCUCCUUCCCCUCACCUCCUCCCCUAGACGGCAGGUAGACCAACACAUGUUAAAUAUGUUAAAGUAUAUGUUAAAUAACAAUAUAUGUGUACAUAUUUGUAGUUAUCUUACUGCACAAGAAAAAUCGGAUUUAGAAAUAAGAGUACAAAAUGUUUUUGAAGACCACUGCUUUAUUUAGCUUUUGGUCUGGCACAGCUAGGCCACCUUUAUUUUCAUUUUUUUUUUCAUUAAUUCUCUUGAAAUUCUUGACCUUUUGUUCUUCAAGAUGAACUUUAUUAUUUUUUCUAGAUCUGUAAAAUAAUUUCUAGGGAGUUGGAUUGGUAUGGUAUUUAUGUAGUAGUGUCAUUUUUGUUACAUUUGUUCAGCCUAACCAUUAGCACUUGAAAAUUUUCAAUUGAUUAGAUCUGACUUUAUUUGUGUGAAAAGUGUUUUGUAGUUGUGUUCAUUAAAAUAAAAUUUUUUAAAUUAUCUAUUUUUUUUCUUCCUUUCAUCUCCACUUGCUAGAAAAAGGAAAAAGAAAAGGAAGAGAUAGGAAGGAGGGAGGAAAAAAGGAAGGUGAGUAUAUAUCAUAUAAGCAUAGUCAAGCAAAAAAAAUUCCUUAUUAAUCAAAUCCAAAAACUUACUUCCUGUUCUCCAUCAUCUCUCUAUAAUGAAGUGAAAAAUAUUUUUCUUCAUUUGUUCUCUGAGAUCAUGGUUGACUAUUUAGAUGAUCAAGGUUCAUAAGUAAAUAUUUUAUCCUUAUCAAGAUCUCCAAUUCCUCUAUCCUUCAGUAUUUUCUUAGGCCAAUAUCCCUACCCUUAGUUUAUCUUCCUCUCCAAUUUUAAUCCAAUAGUUAAGCCAUUUCAACUCAACAUUGUUCUCUUCUCUGGAAGCCCUUGUUGGUUCUUCCUAUUAUGAUUUAAGUCUUGCCAAAUCUCAGUCCUGGAUUACUCCUAACAAAUGUCCACCCCUUUUAAACUCAUAAGCUGUUGAAUAAAAAGGAAGUCACACAACUAUGCUGAUCAAGCAUAUUAUAGAUUCAUGCUACCAAACUCUUAUUGGGCCCUGAUUGCAUCAAGGUACUCCUUUUAUUCUUCACUAAUUGAUUUCCUAUCUCAUUUUCCACUGAAGCUAUUCCAAAUCUCCUCUUCCCUAGAGUCUCUCAUACCUCCCCAGGCCUCCCCAUUUGCCUCCCCAUUUGCCUCUUAGCUGAAGUCUUUUACUAUACAGAAAAUUGAAACCAUUCAAUGUGAGCUCUAUGACAACAUCUUUUCAAACUCUUGCUCUCUUUCUCCCAGCCUCUGGCAAAGAAACAACUUCUGUCUUUGCCAAAUAUACCCUUAGUCCCAUUCUCACCUUCUCCAGAAGAUUUCACAGGGCUGUUAGGCGGCACAAUGGAUAGGAUAUUGUUCCUAAGGUCAAGAAAUUUCCUCUACCUGAGUUCGAAUCUAGCCUAGUCACUUAGUAGUUGUGUGAGCCUGGGCAAGUCAUUUAAUCCUGUUUGCCUCAGUUUCCUCAUCUGUAAAGUUAGCUGUAUAAGGAAAUGGUAAACCACUCCAGUAUCUCUGCCAAGAAAACCCCAAAUGAGGAAACAAAGGGUUAGACACUGUUAGGGUCCUCAGCUGACGCAAGCCUGCCGACAUCAGCUGGAGUCUGAGCACUUACCCACAAUUAUCGCACCUCUAUGGCCUUCGGAAGUCUCUGGAUACGACAGAGUAUUUCUGACACUACUUAUGCAGUUACAGAAGUUUUAUUGCUUGAUUACAUCAUCUUGUCUCUCCUUACUUUCUCAACGUGCCCCAGUAACAAGUAUGUGUGUAGCUGGUGUGUCCAGGAGCCCAACUCCUGAGGUGGUGGAAGCAAUCUCGAUUUGGUGCCUGCUCGCUGCCUGUCCUGGCGUGGCUACAGGCUGUGUGCCCCGGACCUGCAGCCAGGGAGGCAGAACUCACCCCCGAAGCCUCAACAUCCACUCUCCAGAGUGAGCUGACUGAGAUCCAAGCAGCCAAAGGCCACAAGGGUCACGUUUACACAAGACUUGUCUUUGCACAGACUUGUCACCUGUGCAAAUGGGGCAUUAUGUGCAAGGUACGGGAUGAAGGGUCUCAAGAUUAAUGCAGACUCUUGGUAUUCUGUUCCCUAGCAAGACACAACUAAAUGAAUAACAAAAGAGUUUCAUCCUUAAGUCAUCACUUCUCUUUUGACUUCUCUAUUUCCUCAAUACUUCCUGACUGCCCUCAAAAACCCAUUAGUCUCCUUAUCCUUAAAAAUAAAAAAUCUUCAAUAGACUACAACAUCUCCUCAAGCCUUUUCCUACUGCCCCUUUCUCUUAAAUUGAAAAGUAUUCUGCACUUGCUACACUGACUUCCUCUCAUUCCUGUUUGAUUCUGACCUUUUCACUCACUUUCUCAAAAGUUACCAACGAUCUCUGAAUUGUCAAAUUUGAUAGUCUUGCCAUAUCAGCUGUAUUUUAUACUAUGGACCACAUGCUCAUGCGAAUUGUUUCUCCUCUAGAUUUUCCUGAUGCUACUCUUUCAUAAUUCUUAUCAUAUCUGAUAGCCCCUCUACUGACUUAUCAUCUAAAUUGUGCCCUUAAUUGGGCAUCUUCUCCAAAGUUGUAUCCUUAGACUUUCUUCUCCUCUUCCUCUAAAAAGUUCUUUUAGAAUCCCACAUUAACCACAGCUUCUUGGACAUUUCAAACUAGAUAAAUAAUCCAGAGAUACCUCAAACUCAAUAUGUCCAAAACCAAAUUCAUUCUCCUUCCUCUUAUUGUCAAAUUCCCCUAUUUCUAUCAACAAUAGUUUUUCUGAUCAUGCAGGGUUUUUUCAUAAUCUUUAGCAUUGUCCUGGACUCCUUCCCUCACUUCACAUAUCUAAUCAGUUGUCUCUCCUAUUAGCUCCUUUUGAAUCAUGAUUGUAUUAUUACAUAGAUAUUUGUAUCUGGGAGUAUACUGGUAAAUGUUUAGUAACCAAGCAUCUGGAGGGGGAAAAGGUACACACAAAGCAUCUUAAGUUUAAUUUUUAUUACUAACAUUUUCUCCAUCACUUUCUUAAAUCUAGAAAUAAAACAAUUUAUUUAAAUAAAACUUAUAUAAAAACCAAGACAUCAUCUUUAUGAUGUCAUUGGUCCUCUUCAAGAACUAAGAACAAACAACAACAAAUCAAGCCCUAAUUUGUAACAUUUGCCUAUUUCUGGGAUGCAAAUGUUCACAUUGAAAUUUUAACAAUCACCUCUCUCAAGCUGGAUCAAGCCUAGUUCCAGUAUACUUUUGCUUGUAUUCCUGUGAAUAGCACAAUAUCUGGUAUGUGGAAAGCAUUUAAUAAAUGAUUUUUGGUUGAUUGAUUAUCCUUUUGCCAAUGAGGAGUUCUUGAAUAUUAAAAGAAAUUAAUAUAUUUUGUAUUGACAAAAUAGGUCUCCCCAAGAAAUACUAAUAGUUCUUCCACAAGAUACACACCCUGAAAACAGUAAAGCACAAUCACACAAGUGAUUAUAACUCAUAAAACUGUCACUUUCCACUUUUGUAGUUUACCCCAUGAACGAGAAAGAUAUGCACUUUAACAUAAAUCAUUUAACACUGUCAAAGAAAAAGAUUAAUAUUGUAGCCUGCAAAAGUUUGCCAAAAAACUAUUUAUAUUAAUUCAUCAUUCUUCUAAUCCAAGCAUAUUUCUUAGAGGGAGAAAUGUCCAAACCCUCAUACCCUUAGACAUCUGUCUAACAUAGAGUGAACAUACAAGAAGCUUGAGAGAAUGAUCCCUCAAGUCUUGCAAGAGACUUGCAAGUGAGGAGGAUGGUUUUGAAAAGCAAGGUUGAAGAAAAGCUAGCUGCUUCUACCUAUCUAGCUGAUGGUGCUUCCAUUUCUUUCCCAACCUUAGGUGAAUGAGUUUUCUGAGAGAAGAGUGUCCAGGCAACCAGUAAGACCUGAAGAUCCACCAAAGCCAUAAAAAAGAACCUGCCAGAUAAAAACUGGUAGUAGCAAUAGCUAAGUUAACAAGAAGUCAGUGCAGCAGCUGAAUGACCUGAUAAAUGAAGUCUAGUG